AAGUCUAACAUGAACUCUUGAACAAACGCAGAGUUAUUGGCUGUCUCUUGGAAUUCCAAACUGAUACACACUUUAUUAUAAUAUAUUACUAGUACCACCAAAUUACGCUAGCCCCUUUUUUUUCAUAGAAUUCAAUAGGUAAUUGCUUCUAAAGGGUCUUUGUGUGUUGCAAAAGGGUUUUUGGUGGUCAAUCUUUAUGCAUGGUUAGUGUUUAGACCAAUAGUUGCAUUAGUGUUUAGUUCUUAGUUUCCAUACUAAAUAGUAGAAAAAUAGAUAACAUGGUUUCAUUACGCGAACGCAUAUGACUCGUGGCCCAAAAACUAGAUGUACCAUACAAAAUCUCUAGACUUAUCAGCUGGAUUGGAGCAAGGUGGAAGUGAAUCCAUUUGUGAGUGGCAUAAGAGCAAGGUUGAAGUAAACAAACACCGAUGCCGUUGAAUACAUUUCAGGACAAAGAUGGAUUGCCACGGAUUAUAUUGACUGAGCCAAAAGGUUCAUCAGCUGAGGUGCUUCUGUAUGGAGGGCAGAUAGUUUCUUGGAAGAAUCAACGGAAGGAAGAACUUCUUUUUGUGAGCAGUAAGACUAACUGGAAACAGCAUAAAGCAAUCAGAGGAGGAAUAUCAGCUUGCUUUGCACGGUUUGGUGAUUUAGGUUCACUUGAACAACAUGGAUUUGCAAGAAACAGGAUGUGGUCAUUGGAUUGGAACCCUUCACCUCUUCCACCCAUAGACAAUCAAUCAUCUGUGGAUCUAAUUUUGAAGUCAACAGGAGUUGACUUAAAGACACCUCGUAGUUUUGAGUUCCGGCUUCGCAUCUCUCUCAUUGCUGGCAAGCUAAUUUUGAUUCCACGCAUCAGAAACACGGAUAACAAAGCAUUUUCUUUCUCCUUUGCUCUAUGCAACUUUUUGUCUGUAUCAGAUAUCAGUGAAGUGCGUAUUGAGGGAUUGGAGACGCUUGAUUACUUUGACAAUCUGAUGAACAGAACAAGGUUUACAGAGCAGGCAGAUGCACUUACUUUUGAUGGUGAGAUGGACAGAGUGUACUUGAACAGCCCAACUAAAAUUGCCAUCAUAGACCAUGAGAAAAAAAGAACAUUUGUACUCCAGAAGAAAGGAAUGCCUGAUGCAGUGGUAUGGAAUCCCUGGGGUAAGAAGGCUAAGGCUAUCCCUGAUUUGGCAGAUGAUGAUUACAAGAUCAUGAUAUGUAUGAGUUCUGCAGCUAUUGAUACCCCCAUUCUCUUAAAGCCCUCUGAAGAGUGGAUGGGAUAUCAGGAACUCUCUACUGUUUCAUCAAGCUAUUGCAGUGGACAAUUGGAUCCUCGCAAGGUUCUAUAUGGCCUUCACUGACCUAGUUGAUGCAGCCAAUGGAGAUUUAUGUGGCUCUAGUCACCUAGUUUGGUGUAUACUGUACAGUAUACAUGAACUGGCUUCAGUUGCUUGUCCACAUAGUUCCUUUUAAUAGACUUGCAUUACUCUAAAGACAGAACGGGAUGCGGAUAACAUAACAAAAGGCCACAGCAACAUGGACAUCUAUUCUUGCCACUUUACAAUAAUUGAGAGAUGCUUGUUCUUAUUCAGUUGGUUGAUGCCAAGGAAAUUUUUGCAUGUAUAGUUCCAAUGGAUAUUUAAGCUUGCAUUUUAUGUGCUUCAAAUCUAGAAAGUUGGAACUAUUCCAGUAUUGAUCAGAAAAGCUUAAGCAGAGACAGACAAUCAUCUCCUAGAUAGAUGUGGAUGUAGGCCAUGGCCAUCCAUGCACAGAAGUUCACGAUCAUCACUGAACUAGCUGAAUACAAUUUUUUUUGCAAAUUAUGAAAAAGGAACAUAGAACUUUUUCAUUUUUUUUUCUUUCUUCAUUUUUGUUUGAAGUAUCUAUAAAUUUCAAUGCCCUACAAUCAUGAACAAUUGACCAUGUUAAUUGUAUUGUAUUACUUCAUCUUCAUGUAUUCAGUGAUAAAAUGUUGUAA